CCCCUGGAAGCUCUUCUUCAUCGACGCCUGCCUCAUCAUCACUAUUGGCGACGAACCUAGUUUUUCCACAAGGUUGGUGACUGGCUUCAGUAAUCAGCCUCAGAGAUGCUAUAUAGCGCGUCUCGUUGUCGAGCCGCUGUUCAAACGCGCUGCCUCUCUACGCAACGAUGGUUGAGCAUCACGCCAACCAGAACUUACAACCCGCGACCUCAACCAGACGCGGAUGGGUGGUAUGACGGGCGCAGACACCCCAACCCCCAUCAAGAGCCAGGCUUUGAGAGGUCCAGGCCCAGAGAUGACCAUGACGGGCGAGACAGGAGGAUCUCAUCGACGUCGCAAAGAAACGCGUCUUACAGAGAUCCUGGUCGGUUCAGCUUCAGAGAUUAUAAGAGUACUCCUCAAGAAGGAGAGCGUCCCCGGGAUCGGGGGUUUGGCAGGCCUAUCCGGAUGAAGGGGUCGGAACAGUUUGUUCGAAGAGUCCUACCCCCGACGCCGAAGGCGCAUAUUCCGAAGAGAGAAGGUGGCGGCUUCGUCUUGAUGCCAAAACUAUCCCAAGAUGAACUGGACAAGAUCAGCACACCAAAGGACAUCUGGGAGGCCAGAUCGCUCUACUACAUGCCCCCAAAGAGGUCAAAGGAACAUCAGAAACCUGUUCCCAUUCCGAAUCUCGCACCAUCCCGGCAAAGAACUCGCAACAACGGCAUCGCCUCGGUCAGCGACAUCAAGGCGGCGAUCCAGGGCCGAUCCCAGGACCCAAAACCACAAUCUCCCCCUCCGCCCUCCGAAAUCCAGGGCGACGGCGGCGCCAUCUUCGCAUCCCCCGUCAACGACCUCCCGCACGCCCAGGCCGCUAGGUUCUUCCUCUCACCGCCCGCCAGCUUCUUGUACUCGGCGUUUCGCCUCCAACACCACCCGAUCAACACCACGACGCCCGAGAUCUGCGUCAUCGGCGCCAGCAACUGCGGAAAGUCGUCCUUCAUCAACGCCCUUACCGGCUCCGCCUCACUCGCCAAGGUCAGCGCUGUCGCGGGCAAGACGGUGUCGAUGAACGCGUAUGGCGUCGGCCCCCUCGCCGGCUUGCCGUUCCGAGAGCCCGUUGCAGCGGAGGGCGGCGGGCGGACGAGAGAGGAGAAGCCCGAGCACGGCAUCAUUCUGGUCGACACGCCCGGCUACGGUUACGCCUCCCAAGGAGAGUGGGGGCAGGCGAUUGUCGAGUACCUCAACAAGCGCACCAUGCUCCGCGGCGUCAUCCUCCUCCUCUCGUCCGAGAAAAAGGUCUCGGAGAAGGACGCACAGAUCGUCAAGAUUCUCGCCGACGUGGGGCGGCCGGUGAUGCUUGUCUUCACCAAGAUGGACAAGGCGUUGCUCCGCAGGGCCCGGGAGGAGGGCGGCAUCGCCGAGAGGCUGCGCGAGGCGGAGCGGUGCUUCGCAAGAACCGGGUGGGGCGGCUGGGAGAGGAAGGUGUACAUUACGGCGGCGAGGAUGGAGCGCGACAAGAGUUGGAAGGUCGACGCGACGGGCAGCGCGGCGGGCAUGGCCGGGGUGAGGAUGGGGGUGUUGGAACUGGCCGGUAUCAGGGAGUUUGUUGCUCCUGAAAAGGCGCGGGUUUCGCCGAUAAAGGCGGCAUCGGGGACGGGGACGGAGACGAAGCUGGAGGAGAAGAGGCUGGAGCCGGGCAAGGCCUUGGAGAGCGACCCGGCGGCGUGGUCGGGCGACGUGGUGUCGUUCGAGGAGCUGGAAAAGAAAUUCGGCGAUUGGAGCUCGUGAGGUACUGGUGGUGAUGUACGAUAGUGUUUCGAUCUGACGAA